AUGGUCAGUUUCGACAAAAACAGGGUCGACGCCGCAAACGCCCUGAGCUGCGCUCGCGAGGAGGCCCACAAGAUCGACUACAGUAAGAACUUCAGGGCGGGAGCGACUGCUUCCCGGCUCAUGUCGGAAAAGCUUGAGGGCUAUCACAUACGGUACUUCGCGAUCAAGCCGAUGCACGAGCGCAAGCAACCGCUAGAGGCGGACGAGCGCGAGCAGGGCCAAACGUCCAUCCGCGACCACGGCCCCCGCAGCAACAACCAGAAUCAAUUCGUGGAAUGGGCCGGCACAGAAGUAAACCGAGAGGGGUCGAAAAUAUUCGGUUGGCCUGCCGCCGAGGCGGAGACCGCGAUGCGCAACCGCCAGACGGGCAGGACGAAUGCCAAGCCGAUCACACGUUGGACUUUGACGGUGAAGGACUGUGCUGGCUGGUUCCUCAACGGCAUCAUCAGCCCGAUGAAUGGCACGCUCCGCAUGCACGGGGUGAUGUGGAUCGGGGAGCUCAGGGCUGGCAAGAGCAACGGCGGCUGCGAUUUUGCGCAUGGGUCGAUCGGGCAAGCCGCUGCGAACUCUUGCGACCGCGACGCGGAGAAGGCGGCGCUGCACGCAGCGACGCGCAACAAGUACAAAUUGGACCAGUUCAAGCGCAUCAUCGCACCGUCACUGGAGGAAGUGAAGACCGAGAAUGACUCCAAUGCCAUCCUCGCCAGGUCGCACGUCACCGUUGUCGCGGGCAUCGGGGUGCAUUGGCGCACGGCGUCCGCCAACCUGGAGGGCGGCGCGGAGUUCACGCCGUGGCCCAACCCGAGGAGCCCCGACCCCUUCACCAGCGAGGCGCGGGACACGCCAUCACCAGCUGUCCGCCCGCUUCCUUCAGACUACGCCGAGAAGAUGGCUUGGUCCAUAGGCUACAUGGGCAAUCUGGUGGAGGGCCUUGACGCGCCCACGGCUGCGACUGUCCGCAUUGCCCUUAUGUUUGGCGAUGGCCCUGGACGCACGGCCUCCGUUGUCGGCAACAUUUCGCGGUUCGAGUCAGGCACGGCAAGCGCCCCGCCCGCCUCCGCGGCCGCUUCGGCGCCUCGCCCCGAUGGCGCGGCGCGCGCGCCAGCCGAUCAGGGCGAUGGCGAGAUCAAUUCCGAAGGCGGCAUGGGCGGGCGCUUCGGCGAGCCGCCCCAGGAGGAGGGCGCGUUCAAUUCCGGCGGCGGGGUGGACGGGCCAGAAGAGAGCGCCCCUGCCCCGGGCGUCGCGCAGCCCCCCAUCGCGGGGCGUUGUGGGGAAUUGACAAAGGAGGGCCACGACGAGCAGGUCGAAACUCUCAAGAGCCUCGCCAAGGUGCACCACGGCGCCUUCGAGGCCGAGCUCGGGCGCAUGAUUGAGCAGGACGAGCGGCGGGCCCCGGGGCCGUCGGCGGCGCCCCCCGACGAGGUCUCGCCGCCCGCGCCAACGAAGCUCGCCCCGCAGCACGCGCCCCCGAGCAAUGCCGAGGUCAGCCAGGACCCCAGCUGGCUCAAAGGCGCGCGGGGGAACUCGUGGGCGCCGAUCCUGCGCGUCGUGAACUUGCUCCGCCUGGGGCGGCCCCGCAAAGACAUCGAGGCUGAGAUCGAGGCAGGCCGCGGGAACUACGCCAGGUUCGCGCUCCUGGCAUGGCGGGGGCUCUACCAGGAGACGCUGGGGAAGGGCGCGGUCUCCCUGGGCGACCGCGCGAUCGGCGGGACCCAACGCGCAACUCGCAAGCUCCCGACGAUGGGCGCCCUGAAGCGGCAGCCUGCGCGCACGAUACACCGCAACCAGGAGCCAACGAAGCGCGACUCGAAUUACUUGAAGACGAGGAAGGGCACCGCGAAGCGGGCACCAGCCACGAAGAAGGCGGCUGCGAGGACGGCGAAGAAGCCCGCGGCAAACCUGAAGAAUGCUGGGCGGUGGCUGUGGCUGGCGACCCGGGUCGGGCUCGGGAAGACCGCGUGCGCUCACGAGAAGAAGAACAAGAUGAUUGCCGAUCGACUUCGUCUGCGGGUGGCAGAUGCGCAGGGCGGCGCGCCGCGUGGACUGGGGGGGAUCAAGGUCACGUUGGAGGAGAAGGUAAAGAAGGGCACUUUCCUGGUCCAAGACGGCUGGACGUCCACCACCGCUGCCGCGAAGGCCCUGGGCUACACGAGCGCCCCGCCCGUCGCUCACGAGAAGAACUGCCGCGACCCCGCCGCUGGCUUCCGCGCCAACGACGCCGAGUCUGAAAACUCUCGGCUGACAGGGUGGGACCGCCAGCGCUACGGCCAGCUGCAGCUGGGCGCGCUGGGGAUAGAGGAGUACGCGUUCCACGUGAACGCGGGCGACACCGUUGAGAGCAUGUUCGAGGGCCUCUCGCAUGCCAACGGGGGCCCGCGGCAGAACAGACUGCCCUGA